UGGGGGUGGAGGAAGUCAAAGUGAAAUCUGACCCCUCAGGGUCACGACCUUGUGCUCGACGCCAGAGUCUGUUCAACAACAUCAAGGUUUGUGUUUGUGUCUCAUCUAGAGUUUGAUUCAGGAAGUCGAGCCGCUGGUUUUCUAACGUGGACUUUGGAGGUGGUGGGUUAUGGUUGCAGAAUUCUGAGUGAAUCAACACAUCAGAUGCAGAUUUAGCUGUUCAGAGAUUUGGAGCUAAAUUUGAGUCCAUGGUUCAUUUUCUGUCACUUUUCCGGGGUCGGGGGAGGUGAGUAGUACCCAGAAUUCUUUGUGUUUUGCCACAGUUUGCUGCAGCUGGCUCAGCUGCUGGUGUCAGGCUACAUGAAGAGCUCCAUCUCCACCAUCGAGAGACGUUAUGGCCUCUCGAGCCAGAAGUCUGGGCUCCUAGCGGCCUUCAACGAGGUGGGAAACACCAUUCUCAUCGUCUUUGUGAGUUUCUUCGGGAGUCGAGUCCACCGGCCUCGGUUCAUUGGGGGCGGAGCUAUGCUGGCCGGCCUCGCCUCGCUGCUGAUGGCGCUGCCGCACUUCUUGAGUGGAGUGUACGACUACAGCAGCUACAUCAGCUCAGCCUCCACUCAGAACAGCACGGACCUCUGCCAAUCAACAAACCCCUUCAGCACCUCCUCCUCCAAUCAGAGUUGCAGCCAGCAGCAGAGCCCCGCCCAGGAGAGGGCGUACCCUCUGCUGCUGCUGGCUCAGCUGCUGCUGGGUGUUGCAGCCGUUCCCAUUCAGCCCUUUGGUAUCUCCUACAUCGACGACUACGCCAGCAAGAGGAACUCACCGCUUUACCUCGGAAUCGUCUUCGCUGUGACGUCCAUCGGUCCGGCCCUCGGCUUCAUUACCGGAUCCUUGAUGCUGAGAUUCUACGUUGACUUUGACAAGUUGUCCUCAGACGAGAUCAAGCUGGACUCCAGAGACCUUCGCUGGGUCGGAGCCUGGUGGCUCGGCUUCCUGGUGGCAUCCGGCCUCCUCUUCCUCACAGCCCUGCCUUACCUCUUCUUCCCCAGAGACAUGCCCAGAGAGGACGGAGCAGACGACACAGAGUCCAGACCGGACAAACAGCAGCAGACAAACCUGCAGCAUCUCUCCCUCCUUCAGUUCCUCAAAAGUUUUCCUCGUAUCGCUCUGCGGACGCUGCAGAGUCCCAUCUACCUGCUGGUGGUUCUGGCUCAGGUCAACCUGGCAGCGCUGCUCGCCGGCCUCGCCACCUUCAUGGCCAAGUUCAUCGAGAGACAGUUCAGUCAGACUGUCUCUUUCUCCACCCUGAUGAUAGGAGGAGUCGGGAUCCCAAUGGCAGUGCUGGGCACCAUCCUGGGCGGAGUCCUGAUGCGGAGGUUGAAUCUUUCGGUCAGUGGUGCCAGCAAGUUGUGCACCAUCGCCAUCCUGCUCUGUGUGUUCUCUGCCAUGCCGCUGCUGCUCAUUGGCUGCUCCACCCAGAGGGUCGCCGGUGUCUUUCCAGACACUGAUGCAUUGUCGUGCAGCUCCAGCUGUGGCUGUCCUCAGGACAUCUUUAACCCGGUCUGUGGAUCAAACGGGAUCGAGUUCAGGUCACCGUGUCACGCUGGCUGCAACGUUAUGGAGAGGGGCGCACAGAACAAAGUGACUAACUACACUGAGUGUCGAUGCGUAGAUGGUCUCGGACACGCGGCUCCUGGAACCUGUGGCAGCCGAUGUGCCCACCUACUCCUCCCCUUCAUGGUUCUUCUGGGAAUCACAAGCUUCAUCGCCUCUUUUUCUCAGACGCCGUCAUACAUGAUGAUUCUCAGGACGGUGUCGACAGAGGACAAGUCCUUUGCUGUGGGAGUUCAGUACAUGUUGUUCAGAGUGCUCGCGUUCAUGCCUGGGCCCGUGUUGUACGGCAGCGUCAUCGACACCACCUGCAUCCUGUGGGGCAGGAAGUGCGACAAGCAAACAUCCUGUCUCUACUACAACCUGGACCAAUUCAGACAGAGGUUUCUGGGUUUGCAGGUCGUCUUUGUGUGCGGUGGACUGCUCUGCUUCCUGCUGACCAUCGUGGUACUGCGGCAGACACCCAGACCUCAGGAACCAGAGGUGGACAAGAAGAGGGGGUACGAGCUGGUGACGGAGCAGAAAACACCUGAGGACACGUCGUCUAGAGGGAAAGAAGAAAAAGGUGUCAAGACCUGAGGAAAGGAAACCAGAGGACGCGGGGAAAGACAGAGGACAUCUGACCAGAGAGACAGAGGGAGGAGGAGGAGGAGGAGGAAGGUCAGAGAUGAAUGUGGACACUGCUGCUGCGUGUCGAGUGUUUCUGCUGACGUCAUGAGACCUACAGACUCAGAUUUUUUACUUUUGUAUCUUCUAGUUUCUUACAUCCUCAGUGUGAUCCCUGCUGGGUUCGUUCAUACGUUGAUAUAUUCUCACAUAUAUGAUGGUUUUAUACGUUAAUACACAUUUUUUUAUAUAAAGUCCAGAAACAUUAAGGGUGAAAUUUCAGCAAUAAAGACAUUCCCAUCUGCCCCAGCUGUACUUUUACUUAGUGCCAAUUAGCACAUGUUAGCAACAUGGUAAAUCACAGACUCAUCUCCGCUCACUGCAGAAAUUAAGCUAAAAAAACUCGGAUACUGCCAUCUUGUGGUGAUGACCUAAUUUACAGUCAGAGUCUGUGCAGCAGUGAUGGUGGGGUGGAGCCGUGGUAUCAAGGUCACACCCAUACAAACUCUUGGCCAAUCAGGAGUCAGUCUCAGCUGUCAAUCACAAGCCUGUUUUUAUAUCAUCAAAUAACUAAUUGAACCAAACUGAUGAGAAACACUUGAACAAACAUCAGAGAGAGAAGAACGAGCUGAAAUGGCAGAAACAUCUUUGAUCCAUGUCCCAUCUGUUAACAUGGAGGAGGUUUAGGACCUAGCAUAUUAACAGUAGAAUCAAAUUUCAACGCAGCAUGUCCUGAGAGCAGUGAGUGGAUUCUGGUGUAGUGGCCACAGUUGGUACUGCAGGUCAUUGUAUGACUGCGUCACAUUUUACAAAACAUAACAAACGUGACAUUCUUUUCAUUGUCAGUCGCAAAAACAUCGUAUUGUUUUUUUCUUUUAAUGCACAAACUCAAAAAAAAUUUAAAAAUGUUUAAACUAAACUAACGACAAAAAUGUGCAUCGUUCUGUGUCGCUGAACUUUGGUCCAAUCACAGAGAAACUUGUAAUGAUGAUGAUUAAAACUCUUGAA